GUCGCACGUCCGUCUUUCGUGAACGCCAACGCACAUCUCAAGGCCCGAAAGCACUGGUUCGCUGUCGUCUGGCACCGGAGUUGGACGACAUCGAGAUUCUAUACUCAGUCAAUAUCUCCGGGUUCUCCCACCAAUUCAGCAGUAAGACAAAGCCAGAAACAGCUGGAAACGACCCACUCCUGUGCCAAUUGGAGCCUUCUUACUCUUUCCCAGAUAUUACUCAGAUAUCGUCACCCUGGCUGCAAGUCUCAUGGCCAGGAAGGAGCACACGAACAGCUUUCCUUUUCUUCGAUUAUUGCGUGAUUGGGAAGUCAUGAUCAGGGAGUCAUGCACAGAACUCGAUAUCCUAAAUUGCGACAUUGAUCCCAGGAUUCGCGAUACGGAGACUUUCUUUGCGUAAGAUCACGAGUCGCAUCCGCCUGCUACCUUAUAUACAAGGGACAGAUCUGGUGACUUGAAAGAUUUCAAAGUCGUAUCAUCAUGGCCCCCGUCGCGACCGAGGAGAAGAAGAACACUUCCCCUAGUGACGUUCAACAACUGAAGGACGAUCUCAGAGUGGUCAACCCUUUCUAUUCCCCUUCCAUCGGGGAUGACGGCGAUACUACAUACAAGUAUGCCGAAUUCAAGCCUCACUUCCCCGAUCUAUCUUGGCCACCGCUAGAAGAACAGCAAGUCUCCGAUCGCGGCCAUUUUGCUGACCCUGAAAAGCAAAAUCUCUUGACUGCUGCUACGAAAGUUCGACACUAUACCCCCGCAAUCGGAACUGAAUUGGAGGGGGUCGACCUCAGGAAACUAACUGACGCACAGAAGGAUGAAUUAUCCCUUCUUGUAGCGGAGCGCGGUGUUGUCUUCUUUCGCGAUCAAGAAAUCAAUAUCACUGAACAACUCGAUCUCGCGAGGCACUUCGGCCCUCUUCACAAACACGCAACCACACCCAUUCCCAGGAAUGGGUUGGAGGAAGUCCAUAUUGUUUACAACGACAAAUCCCGGCGUCCAGAUUCCAGUGGCUUUUCUAAACUUGAGCUCUGGCAUGCGGAUGUCACAUACGAGAUACAGCCUCCAAGUACUACGUCGCUCAAGCUAGUCACUGGACCCGAAUUCGGGGGCGACACCUUGUGGGCAUCCGGCUACGCGGUAUACUCGGGGCUCAGUCCAGGUUUCCAAAUUUACCUUGAGGGGUUGCAAGCUGUUCACAGCGCUGUCGCGCAGGCUGAUGGAGCCAGGGCCGCUGGUCUAGCUGUGCGAAGAGAACCGAUAGAGACCGUGCACCCACUUGUCCGAGUCCAUCCCGUCACUGGUUGGAAGAGCGUGUUCGUGAACCCCGGCUUCACACGUCGCAUCGUCGGCGUGCCAAAAGCGGAAUCAGAUGCUAUUCUCCUAUUUCUCUUCCAACAAAUAGCCACCAACCCCGAUUACCACGUCCGGUUCCAUUGGGAGCCCAACUCCGUAGCAAUCUGGGACAACAGAGUCGUGAUGCAUUCUGCUAUUUUCGACUUUUGGCCUGCAACAAGGCAUGCUCUUCGUGCUACUCCUCACGGCGAACGGCCUUUAUCUGUCAAGGCUUAUGAAGAGAAGACGGGGAAGAAAGCAAAGGAUAGGCAAUUAGAAAUAUGGAGACAACAGGGCGUAGAUAUCGAUGGCCUUCAAAAGGGUCCUGUCAGUGCAACUGAAGUUAACAGGCCGCGAGGUUAUAAUGACUAGAGUAUAGUACGGCAAAGUUCACUCUGACGCCCUGGAGAUCCCAUACAAAGAUUGAAGAAUAUCUGUACUAGUAUCCUGUCAAAAAUUGACUAAGGACUUGUCAUCUGCUAGGAAGUAACAAUCGAACUCGUGUCUGUUACCAC